AUGGCUUUGGCCGCUCCACCAGGAAACGAUCGGAAGCGUGUCAAGGUCUAUGAGCUCAAGAAUAACGAUUGGUUCGACCGGGGGACAGGCUUCUGUACUGGCCAACAAGCGAGUGUAAGUCCUGAUCUUGUCGUCGCGACGCGCGACAGGUUUUGCGCCAAGGCAAAAGCCCUCUUUCUGUGUGACCUCAUGGUGCUGACAGGAACUCAGGACGAGGCGCGCAUAUUUGUACAGUCGGAAGAUGAGCCCACAAGAGUCUUACUAGAGACCAAAAUAACCAAAGACGAUGGGUACCAAAAACAACAGGGUAAAAAUACCUACUCUGCGCGUAUCACAAAAACCCACCCGCUGACAAGAUUCUCCGCAGACACGCUCAUCGUGUGGACCGAGCAAAAUGGCACUGACAUGGCAUUGAGCUUUCAAGAGGCGGAAGGAUGUGGGCAGAUUUGGGAAUUUGUUAGUCAAGAGCAGCAAAGAUUGGCUCAACUCCUUGGACCCGACGAUGGUCUCUCAGACGAUAUUAUUGAUAACCCGAUCAUGCUCCCUCCCCCAGACCUUGAGAACCUCCCGGAAGUCGAAAAUGCAAUGCGCCAUGCCAACACUACCCAAGCUGGCCGUGACGCCUUGACGAAAUUCAUAAUGACUGACGAUUACAUUCGAAAACUCGUCCCUCUUGUCGAAGACGCCGAAGACCUCGAGAGUCUGUCAGACCUACACCGCUUAUGCAAUAUGAUGAAACUUCUCAUUCUCCUCAACGACACCGCCAUAAUAGAACAUGUCGUUACCGAUGACGUUGUGCUAGGAGUUGUUGGCGCAUUGGAAUACGAUCCCGACUUUCCCUGCCACAAAGCGAAUCAUCGACAAUAUCUCUCGGACGAGUCAAGGUUCAAAGAGGUGGUCAAGAUCGAUAACAUCGAAAUCAGGAAGAAGAUCCAUUACACUUAUCGAUUACAGUACCUUAAAGACGUUGUCCUAGCACGUAUCCUUGAUGACCCGACCUUUUCCGUCUUAAAUUCUCUUAUAUUCUUUCACCAAGUUGACAUUGUUCAGCAUUUACAAGGGAACACACAGUUCUUGAAAGAGUUAUUCGGCAUCUUCCAAUCACCUGAUGUCGAGCCACAAAGGAAGAAAGAUGCCGUCUUGUUCAUUCAACAAUGCUCUGCUGUUGCAAAAAGCCUCCAGGUAAAUGUUCGCCAGCAGCUCUAUUCGAACUUUGUUGCAGGGGGCCUAUUCAACGUCGUCACAUUUGCGCUUCGACACCCCGACGCAAGCGUCCGCGUAGCAGGUACCGAUAUUCUGGUAGCUCUGAUUGAUCAUGAUGCCAUUAGCAUGCGUGCGCAAAUCUUCACCGCUGUGAGAGAAAAGCAGAAACCUAUAACAGACGUGCUCAUCGAAUUGCUCUUAGUCGAAACUGAUCUGGGUGUAAAGCAUCAGAUGGCGGAUGCCAUAAAGAUUCUACUCGAUCCAAACGCCAACCUUGCGUCUUUGGGCCGAAAUGGGGAGCAGUCAGGCAAUAACGAGUUCUUUGCACGUAUGCAAAGUCGCGCAAUUGUCAAUCCUCAAGCAGACUCGUUCGUACAAAGUUUUUACGACGAAUCUGCAAGGAAACUGUUUAAGCCACUGAAAGAUCUAGAGCAUCGCGAAACCCUAAACGAUAUGACAGUGAACGACUUCUACCUUUACAGCCAUCUAUUGGAAGUCAUGAAUUUCUUCUUGCGACAAUAUUUCAACAGGAGCAAGUAUAUUUUUUUGCAGGAUAACAUUCCUGCCCGGGUCGCCCAACUAUUGAGAUGCCCGGAGAAGCAUCUCAAACUUUCGGCUUUGAAAUUUUUCCGUGUUUGUCUUGGUCUACAAGACGGUAAUUAUGCGCAACACAUUAUCGAUCAACGCCUCUUCGAACCCAUCCUUGAUCUUUUGUUCGAAACCAUGCCACGAGACAACCUCUUGAAUUCAGCAUGCCUAGAGAUCUUUGAAUAUGUAAGACGGGAGGCACGCAAGGAGGUUCUGACGCAUCUCGUUGAGAACUACCGUGAAAAGUUAUUGAGUAUCACUUAUGUGGAUACAUUUCACAAUCUCAUUGCCCGAUACGAACAAAUGAUUCUUGGACCACGGCCCGAGGAGGGCCAGUCUUUUCCAAGUCAAGAAACGGCAAGCUUGACCCCGGACAAUCGGAACCACGUCAACGGUGGACGAUGGCAAGGUCUGAAAGAGCAAGAUCAAGAAGAGGAGUCCUACUUCAAUAGUUCAGACGGUGAUGAGGACGAAGAUCCUCUUGCUCAUCAUCCUUCAAAGCCCGUGAAUGGCGCCUCUCCUGUCCGGCCACUCGUCAGCUACCGUGAGGAAGACGACGACGACGACGAUGAUAUGGACAUGCUCGCAAUCGACCCCGCCGACCGAUCCCCGAAACCCAGUUCUUCUGACUCAAGCUCAGCUGCGUCUCAACCUCAACCAUCUACUGACGGUAUUCCGACUCUGCCCUCACAGACAAAUGCCACUGUUCCAUCAACGCCUCCAGAACGCCUCGCUGAGAAGCGGCGUCGUGAAGAAGAUGAAGAGGACGAACUGGGCAAGCUCACCACACCGAAGAGUCGCAAGAGCAGUUUCGGAAGCACAGCCAGUAUAAGCAGUACAAUUAGUAGCAACAGUAAUGGUGGGCAUAGGUUAAGGAAAAAAAGUAUCUCCACUGGCAAAGAUGGGCCGCCGAAGAAGAUCGCUAUUAGCUUAGCUGUGAAGAGCAAUGGUAGCACAGACAGUGAAAAUGGCGGCGACUGA